AUGCCGUCGCCCGCAGGCGUAAACGGUCGUUCUUCGCAGCCUUCCGAGCGGACACCCCUUCUCGAGCCAGCCUCAUCAAGCAAUGACACAGUCAUCCGUAAUGGCGACGUAAGAGCAGCAGAAGUAGCACAGCAGGGGGAGGGUGGUGCACCUCAAUUUCCAGCGGUGAAGAAGACGCGGAGUUUAUCGCACGGUCAUUGGCCCGCGUCGGAUGAGGCCGCGCGACCAGAGCCAGGAGAUCUUGUAAAGUUUCAAGAGAAUGGACUAAUUGAGGGGGUUUCGAAGUGGAAGUUCAGAUGUGUGUUUGGGGGAAUUUUGAUGGGAUAUUUCAUUGCAAUGUUCGAUUCCACGCUCAUGGCAUCAAGUCAUCCUGUAAUCACAUCUUAUUUUCAUGCUUCAAACUCGGCGUCCUGGUUGUCGACAGCUUUCCUACUCACCUCCACAUCGCUCCAACCGUUCAUGGGUCGGCUGUCAGAUACCAUUGGACGUCGGCCAUUAUACCUUAUUGGCCUGGUAAUUCUGGCAGCGACCACAGCCUGGUGUGCAUUUGCGCAAAGCAUUGGAAGUUUUAUUGCUGCAAGAGCUUUCUGUGGCAUUGGUGCGGCCGGUGUACUGUCGAUGGGCAAUGUAAUGACCAACGACCUUGUCAGUAUCGAAGUUCGAGGUACAUACCAAGCAUACAUCAACCUUUUCUACGGCGGCGGAUCAGCCUGCGGCGCUGCCUUUGGCGGGUUUCUUUGUGAUAAAAUCGGAUGGCGAAUGACAUUUGCUAUCCAAAUCCCGAUCCUCGUCGCUCUCUUCAUCAACGCCAUCUUCUCUACACCCUCCUCACUAGGACCAAACCUGGCAAAGCGGUCCGGGUUGGGCAUCCGUGAUGCUAUGAAAGGCUUCGACGUCGCUGGCUCUUAUCUGCUGACGGGAUCAGUUGCGUUUCUGAUCUUAGGACUCAAUCUGGGAGGGAACAUCUACCCAUGGACUCAUCCAAUUGUCAUCGUAUCAUUGGUUCUUGCCGUCAUUGCGGGAGCAACUCUCAUUCGGGUUGAGUCGCGAGCUCAAAGACCCGUCAUGCCACUCCCCAUGCUAUUCAGUAAACCACGAGGUAACCUCGUUUUCAACAACUUCUUCGCGCAAGUCGGUCUGAACACUAUCCUCUUCAACGCGCCCCUAUACUUCCAAGCUGUGAAGCUGGAAUCCGCAUCUAUGUCUGGGUUCCGCCUAGCAGGACCUUCAGUUGCCCUGACAAUCUGCGGAGUAUCAGCAGGCUUCAUCAUGACAGCAACAGGACGCAUGAAGUGGCUUAUCGUCCUUGGAUCCUUCUGCAUGCUCAUUGGAGCAGUGUGUCUUUCUUUCCCUGCUACAUCCCUUGCCGUGCUUGCGACAAGUUCACAAGAAGACCAGGCUGCCAUGUCGAGUACACUGGUACUGUGGCGCAGUUUGGGCAUCGUGAUGGGCGUCUCGUUCAGCAGUCUGAUUUUGCAGAACGCCCUGACUGCGUAUCUGGAGCGCCUUGUUACCGGUCACCAUAAAGAAGAGAUCAUCCUCCGCGUCCGCAAAUCAGUGCGAAGCAUCAUCAAUCUAGAUCCCAAACACCAAAGCCAAGUCAUCGAGGCAUACAGCCAGAGUCUGCGAAUCGUUUUCAUCUCGGCUAUUGCAUGUUUCAUCAUCGUCAAUGUGUUGACACUCUUGAUCGAGCUACCGCAUUUGAAGAAAAAAGAACGGGAAGAUGAUGUUGAGGAUGUGGAGUAA